AUGCCACACAAAUCGCGUUGGACGGUCCCAGUCCCAGACUGCUCUCUCCCACAAUUCCUCUUCACCUCUCCCACACAGGACUUGGGCGACAAACGAGCUUUUUCUGAAGCCGCUCGCCCGGAAACCCAUUACAUUACACGCAAUCAAUUCCGGUUAUGGGCACAGCGACUGGCUCUGGGUCUGUUAAGAUCCAAGCAUUUCAAGAAAGGGGACCGUGUGCUGUUGUUCAGCGGCAAUGAUCUCUUCGUCCCCGUGGUCUUCAUGGGCACCUUGUGCGCCGGUGGUAUCUUCACUGGGGCAAAUCCCACCUUCGUUGCACGAGAACUAGCUCAUCAACUCAAGGACAGUGGUGCUACAUACCUGUUGUGUUCAGAUGUGGCCCUCGAGACGGGUGUCGAAGCUGCAAAAUUGGCCGGUCUCGAUCCACAUGAGAGGCUGUUCGUCUUCAAUUCCAAGAUCUACGAUGGCGAGACCCAUGGUACCAAUGGUCUCAGAUACUGGAGCGAGCUCUUUGCCUCGGAAGAAGAUGCCCGAGAUUUCCAAUGGGACGAUCUGACCGGGCCUGGGCAAUCUGAUACAACCUUGGCUCUCAACUACUCUUCCGGCACCACGGGUGUUCCUAAAGGUGUGGAAAUCACACAUAAAAACUACAUUUCCAACACUCUGCAGGUUGAGCAUAUGUCAACUCUGAACACCGACCACGAGGCCCGCAACACCCGCGCAUCGUGGCUGUGCUUUCUACCACUUUACCAUGCAUACGGGCAGACGUUUUUCGUUGCUGGGGCGUUCAACCGAGGCGUCCCCGUGUACAUCAUGCCCAAGUUUGAUUUCUUAAAGUUCCUCGAGUAUACCCAGAGAUUCAAAAUCACCGAUUAUCAGCUCGUUCCUCCAAUUGCGGUUUUGUUGGCCAAGCACCCUGCUGUCAAAGACUACGACUUAAGUUCCGUUGAGAACAUCGGCUGUGGUGCAGCUCCAUUGGGUAGGGAUGUCUCUUUACAGCUCGAGAACAGGCUGGGUCGUGGACUGAAUCUUAAACAGGGUUGGGGCAUGACUGAAUGCACCUGCUCACUCCUCGGAUGGGAUCCCAACCAGAUCUCGACAUCAGCCGCAGUUGGUGAACCAAACGCAAACUGCGAGGCCAAAAUUAUGACUGAGGACGGCACCACCGAAGUCACUGGCCGAGGCCCUCAGGCAGUAGGCGAAUUAUGGUGCCGUGGUCCCAACGUGAUGAAAGGCUACUGGCGCAAUGAAAAAGCCACUAAGGAAACCCUCACACCUGACGGCUGGCUGCGCACUGGCGACAUCGCCUAUGUCGACGAGGACGGCAAAUUCUUCAUCGUCGACCGCAUGAAAGAACUCAUCAAGGUCAAGGGCAACCAAGUCGCGCCUGCCGAGCUCGAAGCCCUCUUGCUCGAGCACCCCGGCAUCGCCGAUGUGGCCGUUAUCGGCAUGCCGACUGAAGACGGCGAUGAGAAACCCCGCGCCUUUGUCGUGCGGCAGGUUGGUGCGGAGGGUGAAAACCUUACGGUUCAACAAGUCCAGAAGUUCGUUGAAGGAAAGGUCAUUCGCUACAAGAGACUAGCUGGUGGCGUCGAGUUCCUUGAUGCCAUCCCAAAAAAUCCUUCAGGAAAAAUCCUGAGGCGACAGUUGAGAGAUAUCACGAGGGAGCGGCUGAGGAAAGAGGGUGCCAGGUUGUAA